AUGCUCAAUGAGGAUUUAAAUACGGAUUUUUACUCUUUGUUCAUCCAAAGUUAUGAUAAUUCGAAAAAGAAUAAAGAAAAAGGAAAAAAUUCAUCAGAAAGUCACGAUGAAACAAUUUUGUCGCCGAUUGUUUUUGAAAUUUCACCAAACGCCUCAAAGUUUGCAGCAUUUUCCGCUAUUCGAUCAAUGGUUUUGGAGCGAGAUUGUAAAUUUAAUUCUGGUUAUAAAGCGGAAAAUAAAACAAAAUCACAUGAUCAACUAGUAAACACGAAAAGUGAAGAUGAAGGCAAUGAUUUCAAAAUUAUUGAUUUCUCACCACCUCGUAUGGAUAGAAAUGUUAACAACAUUCCACAUAUUGUUUACGCGGGAAUUCAAACAUUAUUUGAGAUCAUAUCGGAAACGAAGAAUCAAUAUCCGGUUGUUUGCUCCAAAGCACUAUCAUCGCUUUUUGAUAUUUUUCAAGGUCACGAUCCUGAAAGCUUCAAAUCCGAACCUGACAUCUUAUUUCAAUCGCUUUACAAUCUUUUGCUCGAUCUUGCAACAUCAAACGGUGCUAGUCCUCAGAAAAGUUCUGAAAAUCAUAACGAAAAGAAGAAUUGGAGUGCAAUAAGUUGUUCAGUUUUGUUGGCAUUAUGCAUAGCUCGUGGUGACACUGGAAAAACGAUCAAAGCAAUAACAUCAAUUCUCAUGUCAUCGAAUACCAUUUUAUGUCAAUCGAUCAAACUUCCUGAAAUCUUGAUUAAACUUCAGAAAAGUGUGGAAUGUGUUGCCUUGGGUCAUCCUGAAAAGCCAACAUAUUUCGAACAUGGAAUUCCACAAAAUGGUCUCAUCGAUGAGUUUUUCGUCAAAAACAUCAUUCCCGAACCAUUUUCAUCAUCAGCACUUGCAUCAGAUGGCAAAUUUCUUUACAUUCUUUUGGGUAAAAGUCUCUAUAAGGUUGGAUCAGGUUACAGUGGAACAACAAAAGGUCUCAUUUAUAGAGUGAACAAAGAUUUCACCAAAGACAAGCGUGGCUGGAUUGGAUUUUGUGGUGAUAAGCUUUAUUAUAAGAAAUUGUCGAAGAAAACAAUUGAUAACUUUAUUGUUGUUGAUCAUGAAUCGUUGAUUCUUCAAAGUCCAUUACAAAUGUCAAUGAAAUCACCAUCUUUGAAAAAGGAUCCAACAAAUUACAUUCUCUACUCUGAUGGUGAUUCAAUAAAUGCCAUAAGUGCUGUUAAGGAUGAUUAUUUUACAAUCAAAGAGAUUAUUUCAAAAAAUGAAAGAAAUUCCGACAUGAUGCUGAAUUUAGCGAAAAGAAGUUUCAGAACAUUUGGAUAUGCUGCUUUUGAGGAAGAAAUCUUGAAUAAUUCACAAUUGCAAAAAAUUCAAUCAUCGUUUAAUUGUUUCGUCCCAGCAUUGCCUGAUGAAUCUGAAAUUAGUGGAAUUGUAGCAGGAAAGGAGUUUGGAUUAGUAAUGACAUCGAAUAACAAAGUUUUCUAUUAUGGAAAAGGUGCAAGUUUAGGUUUGAAGUCACUUAUUAAGAGUCCAUCAUUGAAACUCAGUGAACUUACAAUAUCAAAAGUGUCAAGAAUAGUUCAAGCAUCUUUGGGUCAUGAUGGUCUUCACACUUUACUUUUAAGUGACGAUGGUUCAGUCUUCUUUGCUGGUUCAAUCCGACGUGGUGAAGAUGGCGAAAUCUCAAAACGACGACUCUUAAAACCAACAAAGCCAAAACGAAUCUCACGCCUUGAUAAUAAUUUCAUCGUUCAUGUAGCUUCAAACAAUGGAACAUCAGCUUUUGUUACUAAAACUGGAAAGCUUAUAAUGUUUGGUAAGGACACAAAUUUCUGUGAUUCCAAUGGCGUCGUGUCACAACUUCAAGACAGUCACAUCGUCAGAGUUGAGAUGGGAAAAGCUCAUGUGAUAGCAUUAAAUAGUAAAGGACAAAUCUUUUCAUUUGGAGUCAACAAUAAAGGACAAUGUGGAAGAACUUUUACAAGCAGAGACAAGAUGGUUAAUGAAGAAUAUUUCAAUCCAAAAUCGGGACAACAAGAACAAGCAGAAUCAAAUCAUAUUCUUUGUGAUCCUGAAGAACAUGAAACAGUCGAUCAACAUUGUAAAAUAUGCAAAAUUUGUCUUGAAUGUACUGGAUAUAAUAAAUUGUGUUCAGCUUCAUUAAAGAUUCCUGUUAAGAAUCGAAUACCAGGACGCAAAUGUUUAUGUGGAUAUGGAAAUUCUGGAUGUAUCAAAUGUGGAGCAUGUAAAGCUUGUAUAGUUAAACAAGAGAAUAAUCAUAGCAAAGAUCAAAAUCUCGAAUCAUCAGAUAAGUUCAAAGAGAUGAAGAAAGAUGUGAAAAUUAAUGUGGAAGAGUUGAAUUAUCCAAAUGAAUCAGAGCGUGUUGCGCCUUUACCACCGUCAAAGGUUUCAAUUCCAUCGAGUAGUCCCGUUGUGCAAAUAUCUUGUGGCUUACAUCAUACAAUUCUUAUGACUUUAGCUGGUGAAGUGUUUACGUUCGGAAGUAAUCAAUAUGGUCAACUUGGGACGGGAGAUCUUCAACCAGUUCAAGUGCCAGUGUUAGUGAAGAUUCCUGGAAUUGCCACACAAAUAUCAGCUGGAAGUAAUCACAGUGUUGUUUUAAGUUCAAAGGGAACUGUUUAUACAUUCGGAAAUUAUCAAAAAGGUCAACUGGGUCGAUUGCCAACAGAUUUUAACGGAAGUUUCGAUCAAAAUCUUCAAACUAAUGGACCAAGUUCAAGCAUAAGCAAUAAUCCAUUCCCAAGUUUUAAUGAUCUUACCAUUGAUAACACGAAUCUGAUAAUGACACAACGUCAGCGUUUUCUAUGGAAUUGCAUUCCAGCGCCAGUGAGUGGCAUUGGUCCAAAUUAUCGUAAGAAAGCUUGUUGGAUUUCAGCCAGUGGUGACCAAACGUUUAUGAAAAUCGACGAGUCUCUGGUGAAUGCAAGUUCAUUAGCAAAAAUCAGUGUCGCUGCAAAUAGCAACACAAUAAUUUUCAUUUCUAACAAUGAAGGUGUGCCAGGAUGCAUAACAAUCAGUAAACCAGAUGGAAAAUGUAAAACACAUUUGAGUAAUCAAUUUACAUUUAACAAUCAGUUUAGUGAAGAACAUUUUGCUGAUUCUUUAUCAUCGGAAAUGACUUCAUCGUUUUCAACAGCUGAUCGUAUGUUGAAAGAAUCAAGUGAUCAACUUCCGUCAACAUCGUCAUCAUCACCAUUGUCAUCGUACAUUGGAACGUGCAACAUCAUUUUCGCAAUCGAUCCACUCUACGAUGUUCUUUGGUGUUUUGAUGUCGUCAAUAAGAAAAUCAUGUGCUUUAAUAUCAUUGCAAGUAAAGUAGCGGAUAAUGUCAAAGCAAUUUUCAAAUCUGACGUGACUUUCCCAAAGAAGAAUUUAUUCAACGUCACAAGAGUUCACGCAUGUUUAAAUGUUCUUGCAUGUUUUGAUACAUUAGCAUCGGCGCAGAAUUCUCUCAACACUUGUUUUGAGUCGUCAAAGAAGAAAAGUUUGAAGACGAUCGUUCCUGAAAUAUUGAAAGAUAACAAAGAAACGAAAAAGAUUUGUCGGUUUGAAGCAUUUGGUGGUGGUUGGGGAUAUUUUGGACAUAGUGUUGAAGCCAUUAGAUUCAUGUGUGACACAGACAUCUCGAUGGAAGGCAUUGGACUCUAUGGUGGACGUGGUGAAUACACAUGCAAGAUCAAAAUCUUUGAGCUUGGCUUUGAUGGCGGAGGUCUUGAAAAAGAUGGCACAAUGAUCUUUGAAAUUGACGACAUUCCGUAUUAUUGUCCAGCACGAACGAUUCAUAAUGUGAUGUUCCAAAGACCAUUAAAGAUUUGUGCAGGAAAAUGGUAUUUGUUGUGGGUGAAAGUAUCGGGACCGUCAUCAGAUUGUGGCUCGAGUGGUCAAAACAUUGUCGUUGGUGAUGAUCAAGUUGUGUUCACAUUCAAAUCUUCAAAGAAAUCAAAUAAUGGAACUGACAUCAAUUCAGGACAAAUUCCAUCGAUUCUUUAUCGAAUUGUCACACAUAAUCGGAAGAUUUCCGAUGGAUCUGACAAUAUUGAAAACAUUUGUAAGAUUAGCAAACAUUUUGUUAACACAAUUUCAUGCGAGAAUCUUGAGAAUCUUGUGAAGCUUUUGAAUUGGUCUUGGAGUCAAUUUAAGAUGAAAGUAAAUGAAAUGGUUGAGAAAGUGUCGUCGAGUGAUGAAUUGCUAUUAAAUCGUUAUGUUUACUUCUGUCAAGUGAGCUUACGUUUGUUGAAGAAAUACAUCAAUGAAAUUUAUCCUUCAGACUCAUUCAAACUUUGUGAAGGCGAAAAGUCAAAUUUCAAUCGUUCUUAUCAGCAAAAUGAAGUUUCAAAUGUGUCAUCAUCACGUGCAAGUCAUCUUCCAGCAUCUUCAGUUUCAAUUUUGUCAGAUUCGGGAUCAUCUCAUAUACCUCGCAGAUGUCAUACAGAAAGUCUUCAAUUAGCAGAAAGUAUUGGGAAUGUUCGUGCAUUACUUAUUACGAUACUUUGUGAUGACUUAUCAGCUUCGUAUGAAAAUAACACUCAAACAUUAAUGUGUCAAAUAAUGGAUGAAUGUAGCAACACUUUCAUCAGCUGCUUCAAUGCUUUCUAUCCAACAUCGUAUCUUAAAUGGGAUUGCCUUUGUGAUCUUCUCUCACAAAUGGAUAUGGGCGUAAAUUGGAAUUUUAGAGAAAUUCUUUCGAGACUUUUGGAAAUUAUUUCAAGACCGAUUCGACUGAAGACUGAAGGAAUUUUCAGUAACACGAAACUUGAUGCAAUGGCAAACGAUUAUCUUAAGAAGAUGAGUAAUUAUAAUCUCAUUUCCAACUGUUGUUUAUUGCUGUCAAAAGUUCUUGCUGAAAUUGUUUAUCAAAGUUGUACAGACGAUAGUGAUACGACAAUCAUCUCACCUUAUGUACUACAAUCAACUGGAAUAAGAUUUAAGAAAUGCGAUUUUAAUAAGACUUGGAACACAGGACAUUUCGCUUCUGAUGCGAUUUGUUUUACUGUUGAUAGAUCAGGAAUUGUUCUUGCUGGAUGUUGCGUUUAUUAUGGUUCGGGAAGUUAUGAAUAUCAAUUGGAACUUCUUCAUGAUACACUUGAUUCAAAGAGUCAAAUGCAACAUAAAUGGGAGACAAUAGAAUCAACAUCUGGAACAUUUGACCAGGAGAAUGUUCAUCGAAACAUGGUUCAGUUGAAGUUUGAGCGACCAAUUCCAUUGCGAGAAAAUAUUUGCUAUGCGAUAAGAUUCUGUUCGAAAGGAUCAAGAACAUGUUCAGGUGAUGCUGGAUAUCCAUCAGUUCGUGGACCUUGUGGUACAAUUUUCCGAUUCCAUCCAUGUGAUCUGAGUUUCAAUGGAACAACUCCACAACGAGGUCAAAUUCCAUCUUUACUUUACUACAGCAUUCCAUGCAGUCAUCAAGGAAAUAAAAUGAAGAACAACAAUGAGAUUUUCGCUCGAGAUAUUGCACUUGAAUUUGCAUCAGAUAUUGUUCAUCGUAGUCGUGACUUACUUGUGAUGACACGAAAUGCUUUACUUUAUUCAUUGUCAUCGUCAAGUGACAAAAGUUCGAAUUCUUCGACAGCAACUCAAACUUUUGAUUCGGAACAUAACAUCACGCCUAUUGAAGAGCAUUUCGAUGUGACAUGGAUGGCAAAUCCAUCAACAAUUGCAGCGCCAUCAGUGAAGCCAAACAGCUUUAAUCCUUAUUACAAUUCGAAGGAACCGUCGACAUCGAGCAAGGAGAAAAAUAUCAACAUCGCAACGAAAGAUAUCACGAAGAAGAUUGAAACAUUUUCACGUGGACUUUUUGAAACUUUGAAACUUGAUAAGAAGUUUGAAAUUCUUCCAGCAGAUUGUGUUGAAGUUGACAAUGCAUCGGAGAUAACACCUCACGAUAUUCUUGAUGAUUAUGGAAGUUCAAAGCGUGCAAAGGAAUCCAUUGAAUCGAAUGCCAAUGGAAAUAAUGUAAGAAAAGCAAUAAACGCAAUUCCAAUCACACGAAGUGAUAGUGAUGAGAGUUUUUGUGAUAGCGAUAAAAUCAAUGAAAUGUUUACAAAGCAAGAAUCAAGUUUAUUUCAUACUUUACUUCCAUUAACUCUUGCAAACAUCAGCCGAUUGAUUUGCAAUGAUCCAAAAGUUUCUAUCGAGAUUCUUAAUCUUGUUAAAUCAAUUCUGCCACAUAUAACUCUUCUCAAUCAAAUGUGCAAUAAUGGUUUGUCUUCCUUAACGACACAACAUCAAAUGGAUAAAAGUCAUCUUGAUAAUUACGAUUUCUGUACAACAAGCAAUCAUUAUGCGAUUCUUGAAAGCGAUCAUCCUUAUAAAGGAACUUCAAUUUAUUCCUUUAAAGUUCUAUUUCCAUCAACAGUCAAGUGGAUGUCAUUGGAAUUUGAUCCGCAAUGUGGAACAGCACAACCUGAAGAUUGUCUUAAGAUUCUCAUUCCUUUUAAACGUGAUAAAGUUAAGAACAGCAACAAUGAAAGUGAUGAAAAGAAACAAGUGAAGAUCAAUAAAAGCGUCUUUUCAAAUGAAAACUUCCAACAAAUGUCUUCAUCAGAACAACACAUAAUGAUAAAGAAGUUCAAUACAGAGAGUGGAUGGUCAACAAAUGCAAUAAUUAUUCCUGGAAAUGAAGUCAUGUUUUCACUUGAAACAGCAUCAAAUUAUCUUGCUGAUCAUAAACUCAAUCGAUAUGGUUUCAAGUGCAUUUUAAUUGGAUAUGAAAGUAUUGAUGCAUCAAAAACAUUCAACAAUUCUCUCAUCAAUCUUGAAUCAGAAGUUGCUUAUCUUGGUGGAAUGUGCAGUGCAAAUCUGAUGAGAAAAGAUUUAGUUUUUUCUGGUAAGUUGACGAUUGUUGCAAGUGAAGAUUGGAUUUAA